AUGAGUUCGCGGUCUUCUGUCAAGCACUUCAGAUUGCUAUACAAUCUUUCAGCCAACACCCACGUCCCUCGAAUUGUAAUCACAAUGGCACUUGCAGCAGGUGUCCUAAAAAUAGUUGCACCUCAACCCGGAGCUAUUUAUCCCAUCCACGUACUUCUUGCCAUGGUUCUACUGACCAUCACCGCAAGUAUCUACCUUGCACUCCGUUGUAAAACUGUAUACCUUGUUGACUACGCUUGCUUCCGGCCAAGUUUCAACCUAAGAUGCCCAAAGGCAACCUUCCUCGAGCAUGCACAUCUCUCAUCUUUGCUUGAUGAUUCUACUGUCAACUUCAUAGGAAAUGUUCUCAAGCGCUCAGGAAUGAGCGAUGAGACAUGUGUCCCGCCUGUACUUCACUAUAUAGAGCCAUAUUGUGGGCUUUACGAAGCACGUGCCGAAGCAGAGUCGAUUGUCUUCUCGGUGACCGACGAUCUUUUGGCCAAGACAUGGAUCAAUCGUGAUGCGAUCGGUGUUCUUAUCACCACCUCAAGUAUAUUUUGUCCGAUACCAUCUAUUGCUGACAUGAUUGUGAAUAGAUACAAGUUAAGAGGUGAUCUUCGUGUAAUGAACCUCUCAGGAAUGGCAUGCUCUGCAUCAGUGACGGCAGUGGGGCUCGCAAGCAAUAUGUUGCAGGUCAUGCCUUGGGGGUCGCAUGCAUUGAUAGUGUCAACAGAGACCACUGGGCCGUGCCACUAUCAAGGGAAUACACGCUCCAUGCAGUUGCCUAACAUCUUAUUCCGCAUAGGUGGAGUGGCGAAGUUGUUGUCGACUUCUAGGUCAAAAGCUCGGUUUGAGCUUGCACAUGUCACGCGGAUAAUCACUGCGGCAAACAACUCCGCGUACCGAUGUGCAUAUCAGGAGGAAGAUGAGAAGGGCAUCCUAGGGACACGUCUCACUAAAGACCUUAUGGUUGUUGCUGGAGACGCACUCAAGGACAAUCUCACUACAAGCGGGCCACUUGUACUGCCGACAGUAGAGCUUCUCAAGUUUUUCCUUUUUGACAUUGCUGGAAAGGUGUUCUAUUGGAGGAAGAUUAGACCAUACAUCCCCAACUUCUGUGUUGCAUUUGAACAUAUAUGCAUCCACGUAGGUGGACCUGCGGUUAUCAGCUCAAUACAGCGUGGCCUCAAUCUAUCAGACAAACACGUUGAACCGUCACGAAUGACACUAUAUCGCUUUGGAAACCAGUCGGCCGCAUCAGUGUGGUAUGAGUUGGCAUACAUCGACGCUAAAGGCCUAAUGAAGAAAGGCGACAGGGUGUGGAUGAUCGGAUUUGGUGCAGGGUACGAGUGCAACACCGCUAGUUGGGUGUGUAUACAACCAUCUUCCUGCGCGGAUGGACCCUGGGCUAACUGCAUCAAUUGCUACCCCGUGGAUAUCUCUAGAAAAGCUUAAAAUAAGAGGAUUUUAGGUGUCAUUUACUAUAAGCGGAGUGAGUAGUGUGAUAAAUAACAUGCACAUCUCUCCGACACACAACAAUGAAGAGGUGGGGGUCCCGUUGGCGGGUGUAUCAAACUUAGUGACAUAAAUAAAGAUGCAGGCUUGUUAAAAUAAAUAAUAAAUCCCUACUUUCUUUGUGGUUGUCUAGAUGAGCAUGUUAUGAGUUGAGAGGACACUCCAAAUAGUAGUACAGUGGCUAUAUCUACAUUUCACUAUUCUAUACCAGCUCGUUUGGCACCUAGCUUUUCAUUUCGUUUUGUGGAAAUGACAUGAAAACAUAAUCCUGAGAGGAUUUCAUUUGGUGGGAUUUGGAUUCCAUACCCAAUUUUCUUGUUUGGCUGACAUGGGUUUAUGAAAUGAAAUGAAAUAAAUGUCAUGUGCUGUUUGGUUGCUCUGAAUUAUAAUCAGAAAUAAUAAACGUCCAGAACUCCAUCUAUAGGCAGCUAAUAAACCCAAAAAUAAUAAUGCACUUUUUCCCGAUUAAUAUCAUAAUUAACCCAGGCAAGGAUGGGUCAUGUCUAGGGUCUAGAAGGCACAAAUGCAUCAUAAUUCAAUCAGACAAACAUGGUUCAGAUCUAGAAGGCACAAAGGCAAUAUAAUUGACUCAUAACCAAAAAAAAAUCAGGGUUCAAAGCUUGAAUUAGCCAAGUUCUGGACAACAAAAGAAUACAACUUGCCAUCAUAACCUUUAAGACCAUAAAAAA